AUACCAUAGACAAAACUUUGGUUCUUUAAAAAAAUAUUAUUCUUUAUUUCAUGUCAUAGAGAUGUACCUCAUCACGGUGUUUGUUUAAUCUGUCACUACUUGAUUAAAAAGAACUGCGGAUGCUCGAAAUCUGAGACAAAACAGAUAUUUACUGAAGAAACGCAGCAGUUCUGGUAGCGUUUGUGGAGACAGUGUGUUCAACGCCAGUGACCCCUCUUUGCAACUGAUACCAUCUAGGAAAACGUCGUAAUCAUGCUGUUGACAAGGGACUGAAAGAAAAGAUUAGUUUAGGUCGCAGACCAUUUCAAAUGGAGAUUCGUCUUCGUGGAGCCGUUUAUAAAUCAAAGAGCAACAACGAAGUAAAAACGUGCUUCUCUACAACUUCAGGUGACCACGAGUCUUCACCAAAUGAUAACAAAGGCAAUGAUGGAACCAUAAAAUUUAGCACCAGUAAGGCAAGCCACCGUAUUUGGACAGUGGGCAAGUCAAUGGGCAGUGAUUACCAGAACUCUUGGUGGAAGGUUCUUCCUCUGAGCCUUGCUGGAAUUGCAUUUUUACUCUGGUGCUUCCUACGGGAUGAGACUGAAGUUGAUAAAAUACUGGAACAUACAUUGCUUGACCAUUUCCCCGAAUUAAAACAGCUCACACCUGAACCGAAAGAACACAACAAGCAAAGAAACAUGGCACAAAAGCAAAAUACUGCUGAUACUGGGAAUCUCAAAUAAAAGCAGAAAAUUCUGAAACUACUCACCAGGUUUGGUGGCAUAUGUGGAGAAAAAAAAACAUCAACUGGUCACAUCAAUGAGCUUCCAUCAAUUUAUAACCAUUAAACAAUGAAAGCCUUCUACAUAA